AUGGCAACUUCUGAAACAGGUUUAUUCCAACUUCUGAAACUAGUGGUGUGUAUUGCAUUGAUGGUGGUAUGUGCAUUAGACUCAAUUGAGUCAAUAGUUCUCAUUAACUUUCAUCGAGCUCCACCAGAACAAUCAAGGAUUUCUACUGCUGUGUUCCAGUAUUCAGCAGAGUUCCCAGAUGGUAGCAACGCUUGUAAGAACAACAGUUGCCACAAUUCCUGCGAGCUUGAUGGCCAAACUUUGAGAUCAUGUCCGGCUGAUAUGAUAGUAUUCAAGAACUUAACUGUAAACCACAAACACAGUUUUCUUCUCAACUUCACAACUCGUAAUGGAGAGAGAAAUUCAUCAUCUUAUUCUUGGUUCAUUGACACAAUUCCUCCAACUGCAACAAUAUUUAGUGAACAGAAUUACACUCAUGCUGGAAAGGUAACCAUUGAUGUAACAUUCAGUGAAGCUUGCACUGGGUUGGGUGGCUUCAAGUGCGUGAACUCAUCAAAUUGUGAUGUCAUUUUGGAUGGUCCAGCAUAUGUUCAUGCUUCUUCGUUACGCAUUAUCGAACCUAAUAUAAAAUAUAGACUUGACUUGAUUCUUUCCUUGAAAAGUUUACAUGGGCGCAUCCUUGUUAGAAUGGCAGAUAACUUUUGUACAGAUAAGGCUGGAAACUCUUUUACUAGGACAAACAGUUCCAUUCUAAUUAUUCACUUUGAUAGAAGACCAGUGCUGGUAGAUUUGUGGAUGCCAGUUCCAUCUUAUGUGAUGGAGAUCAAUGGGGUCCCAAGAACUGUUCUGGCAACUAACAAAAUGGGGGACUUGAAGAUUUGUUUGGACUUCAGCAUUCCCAUUGGAAAUUCAACAGAAGAAGUCCAAAAUGCCUUGCAUGUAAAUUCAGAUUACGUUUUGCCUUUUCUUAGUGGAAAUCAUGGAAAUCGCAAUUUCAUUUUUGAACUCAGGAAUGCAUCAAAAGCUGAAACCAUUACAGUUGAACUAGAUUCUGGGUUAGUUGGCAGAACUGGCACUCCUGUCUUACAAGUGGCUUCACUGACAAUUCUAUAUGAUUCAACAAAUCCUGAGGUGAGACUGAGCACCAGCUCACUAAAUGUCACGAAGGUACCUGACAUGAAUGUGAUAGCAGAGUUUACGGAGCCAGUUUUUGGCUUUGAAGCCUCCAUGUUACAAGUGGAAGGAGGAAAAGUUACAAGGUUUAAGGAAUUUUCAAGAGCUCUCUACUCUUUCACUGUCCUUGCUGUUACUCAGAAUGUGGUCUCCAUCACUAUCCCUGCAGGGAAAGUAAAUGAUAUUUCAGGAAAUAAAAAUUUAGCUUCUAAUCUACUUGAAGUGAAACACUACUCAACCCCCGCAAUAUCAAUGGUGUUAUACUCAUUUGUGACUGCUGGAGUAAUAGCAACAUCACUGACAGCUGCUGCGCUUUCACUGUCCACUGCAAAUCUUGGAGCUAUACGCACUCUUGCAUUGGAGGAUACCAAUAAUUUUGCUUCUAAUCCAUCUAUGAAUCUGCAUGGAUUUUUGGGACACCUUCAAGUCUUUGUCCUCUCUGACUGGCUCUCUGCCAGUCAUCCAAUUGAGUACUCAGAGACAACAAAAGGUCUGAGGUGGCUCAUACCUCGUCAAAAGCUUCCAUGGAAAGAUGGUGGCGCUUCUAUGUUGCCCAACCAUGUUUAUCUGGCUGAAGAAAAUCUCAGAAUCUUAUCACUUGGAUAUCACAAUUGGUUUAAUACAAAUUUAACUAACUCUUCAAAUGUGGAAGAACAACUAUCAUUUCGGACUGGAAUUGACCUCAACUUUGGUUGGCGUCAUGGAUAUUAUACAAGCAUGAAAAGUACUCCAUAUGGACUACCCCUCAAUUCCAGAGAAUAUUUCACUUGUUUCUUGAGAGGGGAACCAUUGUCUGCUAGCAACGUCAUCAAGAAAACUGAGAACUGCAAAGGGUGGCAAGACUUGGAAAAGAACUUGUUCUGGCUUGGUGUGGGAGGUGGCAGUUUACUUCUAAUCCAUGUGCUAAUAUUACUUUUCCUAAAAUGGAGGACAGGAGCACCACCAGCCCAUGGGAUACUUUCAGUUCCCAGAUUUGAGCUGCUACUUCUGAUUCUCAUGUUACCUUGUAUCUCUCAGUCUUCAACAUUUGUUAUAAAAGGUGGCUCCCCUGGAGGAAUCAUCAUUGGGGCUUUGUUACUAGUAGUCCCAGGAGCACUUAUUCUAUUCGUCAUCCUUUUUCUCAUAAUUGCUAUCUUCUCUAGUAGUUUGGCUCAGUACAAGGAAAUCAGGGAUAUUGCUGUAGGGGAACUAUGUUAUAAAAAGUUGUGGUCCGUCUUUAUUGGUAAUCAAGUAAUUGGUAAAUGGUUUUAUAGAGAAGGGUUGCCUACAUCUCUCCUGUCACGCUUUGGAAUUCUCUUUGAAAAUCUAAGGGGUCCCCCAUUAUUUGUCUUUGUUGAUCAUCAUGACCCAAGCACCUUGCCCAAGUGGAUUGAAAGCGGUCAAAGUGGAAUUGGAAGAAUGAGAGCUGUUAGCUCAGAUGACAGCAAUGAAGAAACUAAAAUGCCUUGGUCCAGGCGAUUCGUGGGGUGUGCUAGAUCUUCUUAUAUUAUUCUGGAUCUUGUGAGAAGAGUCAGUCUGGGAAUUCUAUCCGGAGCAUACCAAUCACCGGCAUCAAGCCAAAGCCUCUUAGCAUUGGCAAUCACAUUGAUCCAAUUCAUUUAUUUGUUUACACUCAAACCAUACAUCAGAAGGAGAGUCCAUUUGGUGGAAAGUGUUUCGCUCUUGUGCGAGCUAGGCAUCUUUGGAUUAUCUAUUGCUAUAACCAGAUCAAAUCCUAUGGAAGCAAGCAUACCUGGAUACACAAUGCUGGCUCUUCUCUUUCUAACCUUUAUCGUUCAUAUUGUUAACGAAUGGUAUGCAUUGGUAAAAUGCCUUCUAAGACUUUCUCAGCCUUGGAAUAAUUCAUUCAAAUUCGGAUUGAAGUUUGCUGCUCAAGGUCUUGUGUUGCCUUUCCUACCAAGGAAGCAUUGGUCAAAAGUUAUUCCAAAUUUCUCCCAACUGAAAACAGGCCUAUCUGCUGUCCCUCCUCUAAGUCCGGAACCGGUAGAUAGAAGAGCACCCCAGGGUGAUUCACAUAGUGAUGUAUCUGCAACAGUGGUCCCUGUUCUCAGUCCUGGUUCACCAAGUCCAGAUAUUAUUCAAGAAACAAGUUCUGCAACUGCAGAGACAUCCCUUUUGCUGCUCAGAGAGUUGGGGAAGGAAAAGGUUCAAAGGGACUAA